GGGGUCUGUGGAUUUGUGAGUCCAGCGAUCUGUACGGAACUGUGCCGAACUGCCUCUAAUCCUUACCCACUUUUUUUCUUCACAUGCUGAUAAAUGAGGAUUCAUGGGUGUUGAGUCGGAGUCCUGGGGACCCUGGACGGCUAUCAUGGAGACGGAGAGCGAGCAGACCUCCAGCUCCGCCAACGGGAGUUCCGGCUCGGGGGCCAACUCUCGGCCCCAGAUAGCGCAGAUGUCGCUGUAUGAACGGCAGGCCGUGCAGGCCCUGCAGGCUCUGCAGCGUCAGCCCAACGCGGCUCAGUAUUUCCACCAGUUCAUGCUCCAGCAGCAGCUCAGCAAUGCCCAGCUGCAUAGCCUGGCCGCCGUCCAGCAGGCCACCAUCGCGGCCAGUCGGCAGGCCAGCUCCCCCAACGCCGGCAGCACGCAGCAGCAGACGGCCACCACCCAGGCAUCGAUCAACCUGGCGACCACCUCGGCCGCGCAGCUCAUCAGCCGCUCCCAGAGCGUGAGCUCCCCGACGGCCACCACGCUCACCCAGUCCGUGCUGCUGGGCAACCCCACCUCCCCGCCGCUCAACCAGUCGCAGGCCCAGAUGUACCUCCGGCCACAGCUGGGAAACCUGUUGCAGGUCAACCGGACCCUGGGCCGGAAUGUGCCUCUGGCCUCCCAGCUCAUCCUGAUGCCUAACGGGGCGGUGGCUGCAGUCCAGCAGGAGGUGCCAUCGGCUCCGUCGCCGGGAGCGCAUGCCGAUGCCGAUCAGGUGCAGAACUUGGCGGUCCGGAACCAGCAGGCCUCAGCCCCGGGCCCCCAGAUGCCGGGCUCUGCGCAGAAGGCCAUCGCGCCCGGGGCCACCCCGGUCUCCAGCCUCUCGCAGGCCUCCAGCCAGGCCCUGGCGGUGGCUCAGGCAUCCCCCGGCGCCUCUGGCCAGUCCCUCAACCUCAGCCAGGCCGGUGGCGGCAGCGGGAAUAGCCUCCCCGGGCCCCUGGGUCCCGGCGGUGGUGGCCAGGCCCCCGGGGGCUUGGGUCAGCUGUCCUCCCCCGGGAUGGGCGGCGGUGGCAGCUGCCCCCGGAAAGGCACGGGGGUCGUGCAGCCCCUCCCCUCGGCGCAGGCGGUGACCGUGAGCCAGGGCAGCCAGACGGAAGCCGAGAGCGCCGCGGCCAAGAAGGCUGACGCCGAUGGCCCGGCGCAGCAGAACGUGGGCAUGAACCUGACGCGGACCGCCACGCCCGCCCCCAGCCAGACCCUCAUCAGCUCAGCCACCUACACGCAGAUCCAGCCGCACUCCCUCAUCCAGCAGCAGCAGCAGAUCCACCUGCAGCAGAAGCAGGUGGUGAUCCAGCAGCAGAUCGCCAUCCACCACCAGCAGCAGUUCCAGCACCGCCAGUCGCAACUGUUGCACACGGCCACGCACCUGCAGCUGGCGCCGCCGCAGCAGCCGCAGCCGCCGCCGCCCGCGCCCGCACCCGCGCCCGCGCUCCCCGCGCCGCCGCCACCGCCGCCGCCGCCCGCCGUCCCGCCGGGCGCGCAACUGCCGCCCUCGCCCUCCCAGCCGCCGGCGCAGACGCUGGUGGUGCAGCCCAUGCUGCAGUCGUCGCCCCUGUCGCUGCCGCCCGACCCCGCCGCCGCCAAGGCCCCGCUCCCCAUCCAGUCCAAGCCGCCCCUCGCGCCCCUGAAGCCCUCCCAGCUGGGCGCCGCCAAACUGGCCACCACCGCGCCGCCGCCGCCGCCGCCGCCCCACAUCCCCGUGCAGGUGGUGGGCACGCGGCAGCCCGGGGCCGCGCAGGCGCAGGCGCUGGGCCUGGCCCAGCUCACCGCUGCCGUCCCCGCAUCCCGGGGCAUGCCCGGCCCGGGCCCGCCCGCCCCCGCCCACCUGGCCGCCUCGCCGCCCGUGUCCCAGGCGCCCGGGGCGCUGCAGGAGUGUCCCCCGUCCCUGGCCGCGGGCCUGGGCCUGGGCCCCGUGCAGGGCGCCGCGCACGUGGUCAAGAGCGGGGCGCCCGCCGCAGCCGCCUCGCCGCUGGUGGCCCAGGUGCCCGCCGCCUUCUACAUGCAGUCCAUGCACCUGCCGGGCAAACCCCAGACGCUGGCCGUGAAGCGCAAGGCCGAGUCGGAGGAGGACAGAGACGACGGCCCCGCCUUGGGGUCCCUGCUUCCUGCCAAGGCGUCCCCAGUAGCAGAGAGCCCAAAGAUCCUGGAGGAGAGGGGUGGCUUCGGAGAGAAAGCUGACCCCGGCGCCGGUGUGAACGCCAAGCCCCCCGGCGGGGACCUCGCCGCCGUGGCCCCCGCUCCCUCAGCUCCGCCUCCCACCCUCGCCAUGGUGUCCAGGCAGAUGGGCGACUCCAAACCCCCCCAGGCCAUCGUGAAGCCCCAGAUCCUCACGCACAUCAUCGAGGGCUUUGUCAUCCAGGAGGGCGCCGAGCCUUUCCCGGUGGGCUGCUCUCAGAUCCUGAAAGAGUCCGAGAAGCCGCUUGCCACGGGCCUCCCCGCGGGCCUGAAGGAGAAGCAGCCGGCCGGGCCCUUGGGCGGAAGUAGCCCGUCAGCUGAGCCAGACAAGAAGGCCAACCUCCUCAAGUGCGAGUACUGCGGCAAGUAUGCGCCCGCUGAGCAGUUCCGCGGCUCCAAGCGCUUCUGCUCCAUGACCUGCGCCAAGAGGUAUAAUGUGAGCUGCAGCCACCAGUUCCGACUGAAGAGGAAAAAAAUGAAAGAGUUUCAGGAAGCCAAUUAUGCGCGCGUGCGCCGGCGCGGACCCCGCCGCAGCUCCUCGGACAUCGCCCGUGCCAAGAUCCAGGGCAAGCGACACCGGACGCAGGAAGACUCCAGCCGGGGCUCGGACAACUCCAGCUACGACGAAGCCCUCUCCCCCACGUCGCCGGGGCCCCUGUCCGUGCGGGCCGGGCAUGGGGAGCGGGAGCUGGGCAACCCCGCCACGGCGCCCCCCACGCCGGAGCUGCACGGCAUCAACCCCGUGUUCCUGUCCAGCAACCCCAGCCGCUGGAGCGUCGAGGAGGUGUACGAGUUCAUCGCCUCUCUGCAAGGGUGCCAAGAGAUCGCAGAGGAGUUCCGCUCCCAGGAGAUUGACGGACAGGCCCUGCUGCUCCUGAAGGAAGAGCAUCUCAUGAGUGCCAUGAACAUCAAGCUGGGCCCCGCCCUCAAGAUCUGCGCCAAGAUCAACGUCCUCAAGGAGACCUAAGGAGGUGCUCUGGGCCGGCCCCCCCCGCCGCCCGGGCUAGCUCCGGGUCUCGGCG